GGCAGGAAGAAGGCGGGCUCUGAUCUGAUUGGAGGAAAUUGGUUUCUAUCAUGUGAUCUCUCUGCUCGUCCAGCAUGGCUUCUCCCUGUUGCACGGCGGUGCUGAGGGGAGAUGUGUGAGGGUCCGUGUAGACGGUGUGAUGACGGGCAGACUCGUUACCAUGAGGUCCUACCAGGCCGUCCUGCUGCUGGCCGCCGCCCUCACAGUGUUCGCCUACUAUUACCUAGGCUCCGGCAAUGAGAAUUUCUCCAGCACCACUCGGAGGAUGAAAGAAAACAGCGCGCUUCAGGACGUAGAGCUGCUGCCUCCUUCUUCCUCCGAACUGAAGCUGAGCGAGGGCAAGAGCAAGAGUCUGGAGAGCCGGGGGGUGCAGGACUACCACCUGCUCAUCAUGUUCACCAAGGUGGACCGGAGCCCCGGCCUUAGGGAGAAGUUCCAGGUGGCGCUCCGCUCCCUGCUCCGGUACGGCAAGUUCGAGAGCAAUGAGGUGCUGAGCCUCCACUUUGUGGCCGACGAGCCCAGCAAGGAGAUCGGCAAGACUGUGCUCAGAGAGCUGCUGCAGGGGGCCAGCUUCAAGUACAAGGUUAUUUUCCAUGAUGUCAGUACCUUGACGGAGAAGCUCUUUCCAAUAGUAAAAGCCAUGCAGAAGCUGUUCAGUGCUGGCACUGGAACUUACUACAGUGAUUCAAUAUUUUUCCUCUCUGUUGCUCUACACCAGAUAAUGCCAAAAGACAUAUCUCGAAUUAUUCAGCUAGACUUGGAUUUGAAGUUCCAGACCAACAUCAGAGAACUGUUUGAGGAGUUUGAUAACUUUCUCCAGAACGCAGUCAUUGGAAUAGCACAUGAAAUGCAGCCUGUGUACAGACAUACCUUUUGGCAGUACCGUCAUGAGAACCCAAACACUAAGGUCGGCAGUCCUCCACCUGAUGGGAUGCCUGGAUUUAAUAGUGGAGUGAUGCUACUGAACCUAGAAGCCAUGCGACAGUCACAACUUUACAACCAGCUAUUAGAGCCCAAUGCAGUGCAUCUACUUGCAGAAAAAUACCAUUUUAAAGGUCACUUGGGAGAUCAGGACUUCUUCUCCAUGAUUGGAAUGGAGCACCCAGAAUUGUUUUAUGUACUAGACUGUGGCUGGAAUAGGCAACUUUGCACCUGGUGGAAAGAUCACGGCUAUGCUGACAUAUUUAACCUGUAUUACAAAUGUGAAAGCCACAUCAAAAUUAUCCAUGGCAACUGCAAUACUCCAAUACCAGAUGACUAGGGCUCACAGUUAUUUAGAGAUUGUUAUAAAUGGAUAAAGCAAUGGUAAAUGGUACUAUAAUGGAUGGACAUUUAUCUAUUUUUUCACUUUUCAUGUUGUGACCAAUAAUUUUCGUGAAACAAAGGUCCAAAUAAACAUGGCACUAUGUGUUUUAUAGUUUGUAUCUCUCUGAAUAAAUAUUUGAAUUUAUUUCCUCCUAAUAGUGCAAAAGCUCUUUAGAUUUUCGAAAAAAGGGUUUUUCACAUUGGAGAUUUGUCAAAACCCGUCCAGAGGAAAAGUUGCUGAGUUGUCCAUAGCAACCAAUCAGAUCGCUUCUUUCACUUCUCAGAGGCCUUUUCAAAAAUGAAAGAAGCGAUCUGAUUGGUUUCUAUGGGCAACUCAGCAACUUUUCCUCUGGACAGGUUUUGAUAAAUCUCCUCAUUAUGUAUUAAUACAUUUUUACCAAAUCUCAUUGGAUAAUAGAGGAACGCUUUUGGCUGAAAAGUCUAUUUUAUGCGCCUGUACUUCAGUGCCAGUGUUUUUAGUGUACACUAGGUGGGAAAUGUUUCAAUGCUUUUACCAGAAAAGUGGUGAAAAAAAGUUACAAAAUUUUAUGUAACCUGAUCAAUUUUCUGCGAAAACCAUAGAAAAAGUCAAAGAUUUUUGUGCAAAUAAAUGAUUGCUCCAAAAUUUCUGUAUUUGCUAAAACCUACACAAACCUAUAUUGAUAACUUCCCAUCUAGUUGCUUACAUACAAAAACAUACUGUGGAAUGACUGAGGCUGGCUUCAUAUCACGAUUUGAGUGUCUGCAGCACAGAUACGAUUUCAGAAGCUCGAAUCGCCUGAAAUCGUAUAUCUGUGCAGGGACAGAUACUGACAGAUACGGAGCCAUUAGCUAUUAUGGGGCUGCGGACCCGAUCGUAAUCUGCUAAUGACUACGAUCUGGUCAUUUUUUCAGCAUGUCAGAUUUUUGACACGGACUGAAAAUCGUGGCAGACCACAAAGGUCAAAUCGUGGUGUGAAGCCAGCCUAAAAUAAAUACAAUAACCACUUAUUCUAAAUGACUAAAAUAUUGCAACUUUGCUGUUUGAUAUUGAUAUGACCUAAAGUGAAUAUGGACGGAAGUUGUUCAAAUGGGACAAAUGCAAAAUCUGUAGGUAGGCAUCUGUUUAUUCCUUCUGUGUAUGUGGAAGCAGGAAUGUUAAUUUUAAGUAUAAAUACAUCUCCUUUUCUUCAUUUAUAGAACGAUUUUCAAAGUAUUUUAAAUGUUCUGUUGUCUUCUAGUAGAAAUAAACCUGUGUGUAGUGUGAUCCCCCAGGCUUGUGCCAUUUCCUUCAGUCUAAAACUUUCUAAAUAUGCACCCUAACACAGUAUAGAAAGAAAAGGAAUACCACCUGAAUGCCGCAAUAAUCCGCUUUAUUAGUGGUCUGUAACCAAGGUGGUAGGAUAUGUUUAACAUAGGCUGUAUGCAAAGUAAGUUCAUUUUAUUUUAUGCUUCAAAAAUUUUUUUUAGGGAGAAAAGAACAAAGACAAGUUCCAUAGGAUUGAAGAGUAAGACGUGACAUAUCACGCCCCCUCCUGUAGGCUUGCAUUGAGGGGCGGAGCGUGACGUCACACGGGGGCGGAGGCGUGACGUCACACACCGCCGUCACUGUAGUCGCCCGUAAUCAGACCCGGAGCGAACACGCUCCGGGGACAGAUUACAAAUGGGGUGCUGCGUGCAUGAUCACGGUGCCCCCAGCGGUGGGACUCCUGCGAUCAGGCAUCUUAUCCCCUAUCCUUCGGAUAGGGGAUAAGAUGUGUAGGCACCGGAGAACCCCUUUAAUAGUUAUAUGGGAUACAGUAAAUGCUACAGUGUAUUGAAAUAAGGUUAAAAAAAAUAGUUUAUUCUGUAAAGACAAAAAUAUAUAAAGGGUGCAAAUUUUGCCGAUUGACCAGCUCUAGAGUUUAUAUAUCAUGUAUAUUUAAACAUGUAUGUUACACUGUUUAAAUGAGGCCAGAACGUGUCUACGUUUCAGAAAUCGAAGAGUCUCCGAGAUAGGCACUUAAGGAAAAGUAAGCCAGUAUGGUCUUCAAAGUCAAGUAUGCUUAACACUCUAUAACCACCACUAGAGAUGAGCAAAGUUCCAGUAAUUCGAUUCGUCACGGCUCGGUGAUUGCUGACUUUAGCCUGCAUAAAUUAGUUCAGCUUUCAGGUGCUCCGG